CUAUGUAUAUUUGAGGUUAAAACGUUAAAAAUUGAAAUUUAACAAAGCUUCCAAAAUACUGUAAUCAAUAGGAUUUCAAUAUUUAAAAAAAUAAUAAUGAUUCUGUGAUAUUAUUAACAAAUUCAUAUUUUAAUUUUAAGAAAUAAUACAUCUAAAUCAUGAAGACUACAAAUAUAUUGAAUGUGAAUAUUGAUAAAUACCGCAAACUAGUACAGCAUUAUUUGGAUUUGAAUAUGCCAGAUACUGCUUUAUUUUGGGCAGAUAAAGUAGUAACAUUAACUGAAGACCCAAGAGAUAUCUAUUGGUUAGCAAAUUGUAUGUAUCGCUUGAAACAGUAUCAUAGAGCAGUUCAUCUUUUGAAGUCCCGAAAAUUAGAUAAAACCUACAUUUUGUGCAAUUAUCUAACGGUAAAAUGUCUAUUUGAAGCGAAUGAUUUGAAUGAAGCUUUGAAUAUAAUCAGUACUUUAGAUUCUCACGUAAAUCCUCAUUUUUCACAUAUUUCUACAGGAUCUCGAUGUAAUUUUGAAAGUCUUUUAUUCGAUGAUAAACCAAAAAAUCAAGUAUAUUCUGCAAUAUGUUUUCUUAAAGGAAAAAUAAUGGAAAGUUUAGAAAAUAGAAAUUUAUCUAUUGAAAGUUAUAAACAAGCUUUACAUCAAGAUGUGUAUUGUUUUGAAGCAUUUGAUGCAUUAACUAGGAACCAAAUGCUCACAGCUACUGAAGAAAGAGAUUUACUCAAAUCUAUUCCAAUAUCUGAACAAUGUUCUCCAGAGGAUGCUGAAAUUUUGAAAUUUCUAUAUGAGAGCAAACUCAAGAAGUAUCAUGAGACAUCUACUGUUCCUAAGAGCACUAUCAAAAUCUCCCAUGCUGAUCGUAUGUUAUUAGAUAGCAAUGUUCAACUUAAUAUAACACCAUGUGCUAUUUCAAACCUGACUCCGAAUUUCUUAUCCACACCAUCUGUCAGCACUCCAAAUCUACCCGUGCCAAAAAUUGAAGACGUUAAGAGGAAUGAUAAAAACAUUGGGAUUAUGGAAGUUGAGAGCUCAAAUGAAGUUGAAAAUGUGUGCUUAGAAAAGUUAAAGGAAAAUUUAGAAAUAGUCAGUUCGCAAGCUGAAAGAUACUAUUAUAAUUGUGAAUUCUUUGAAUGUUCCAACUUGACCAACUAUAUUUUAAAUGAAGAUCCAUGGCAUAUGGCGUGUUUGCCAAUUCAUAUAUCGUGCUAUGUUGAGUUAAAAGAUAGCAACAGAAUAUUUCUACUAGCUCAUAACUUGGUAGACUUAUAUCCAAACCUAGCCAUUUCUUGGUAUGCUGUUGGAUGCUAUUAUUAUAUAACAGGUAAAAGUGAUUGUGCUAGAAGAUACCUCAUGAAAGCAACAUGCUUAGACAAGCUUUUUGGGCCUGCAUGGUUAGCUUAUGGUCACUCGUUCGCUUUAGAAAAUGAACAUGAUCAGGCUAUGGCUGCUUACUUUAAAGCUUCUCAACUGAUGAAAGGGUGUCAUUUACCGUUACUUUACAUAGGACUUGAAUGUGGACUGACAAAUAAUGUUCGACUAGCCGAAAAGUUCUUUCUACAGGCUCAGUGUAUAGCUCCUGAUGAUCCUUUCAUAUUACAUGAAAAGGGUGUCAUACACUAUCAAAAUCAUGAAUUUAAGAAAGCCGAAAAUAAUUUCAAAGAAGCAUUAGAAAAAAUUGGAAAUAUUAAUAAAGCUCCUCUGCCUUCUAGAUGGGUACCUCUACUUAAUAAUUUAGGUCAUACAUGUAGAAAAUUGAGAAAAUACAAUGAGGCAUUAAAACAUCACCAUGAGGCGCUUCUACUCUCACCAAGAAAUGCUUCAAUAUAUUCUGCUAUUGGUUUUGUCCAUUCUUUGAUUGGAAAUAUUGAAGAGGCAGUCGAUUGGUUCCAUAAAGCCCUAGGUUUGGAUAGGGGUGAUACUUUCAGUUCUACUAUGUUAAAUUAUUUGAUUGAAGAAUUGGCAGAUGAGAGACCUCCCUUUGCCGGUGCACCUAUAGAUAUUCCAAAAUUCAUCCCUAAGGAGGACAGUAGGCUCUCAUCUCUUGGGGACGAAACUAGUAUUCUUCGUAAAGAUUUGGCAUUGAGUACAUCUCAAGAAAUGGACCAAACUAGCAUUCUUCAUAAAGAUUUGGCAUUAAGUACAGAUAGUUCAUAUAGAGUGGAAGAAUCACGAACAAACAUGAGUAUGAGCUAUGUAGAAAACUCAGAAUAUCCUUCAAAUAUGAGUAUAGAGGUAGAUAUGGAAGUGACCAGAGAUUGAGUUCGAAUCACUUUACUGAAAGAGAGUGAUUGCAUGAAUAAUUGGACUGUUGUAAGUCCGUGUGCAUUAAUAGAAGAUCGAAACCGUUGUGAUUUAUUGAAUAUUCGAAUAAUGUAAUUGACAUUACAACCAUUUCUGAUAGCUGUUGGAAUAAUAAAGUAUUUUUCAAUAUU